GAAGCAACAUGGCGGCGGCUUACAUGAAAACAACGUUCGGAAAUGUGUAGAUUAUGCCGUGUAGCUUCAAAUAACAUAACAUAGGAAGGUUUAUUUGUAUUGACAAGAACAAUCCAACAGUAGGAUGUCCUACGGACCACAGCCAACCCGCCACAGUAUGAAUGGGGCCUUUGGAACCCCACUUAUGGAUGGCAUGGAGGUGAACGGCACAUCACAGAAUGGUCACAUGACAAGCAGUCAGCCAAUGGGCUUGAGGACUAUUGAUCCAGAGGCUUUGAAGAGUCGCUUAUAUUCAUAUGCCCCACAACAAUCUAAAGGAAAUUCCAAAGCUCUACAUUUUGGGAGAGUCACAGUCGCUCAGAAGAAGAAGGCAAAUAUUCCCCGCGCCACAAAGCUGGAACCAGUGCCUAGUCUACAGAAAUACCAGGAGAGGAACCAGCCAGAGUUCUUGCAGAGGAAAUUCCGGAAUGAACAGGUCUCUAAGGGAACACUUAUCCAGAAGGAUGAGCCUGUCCCCAAAAAGAUACGACGACAGGGAUCUGUGGAUCCCCUGGAAAGGAGUGCUACGGAGUCACCCCUACCGGAGCUUCCAGAGGACCUUAAAACCAAACAGGAAUCCCUUAUACGAAUGCCUACUCCUCCGAAAUCUCCAAAACCUGCGUCCCCUCGAAGCAGGAUUCAUGCCCAGGGACCAAAAAUCCCGACCUCUACUAAGCCAAAAAUGUUGGAGUCGUUUGAGGGACUCAGUGAUGCUCAGGAAAUCAUAGACAUCAUCAAGGCAGACAGAGGGGUGGGGUUUAUGUACCUGAGCCCCGCCGUGCCAAAAACAUCGGUCAAGUACCACUACUACAACCUCAAGGUCGUGGACCAUGAAAAUAUCAACAAGGCCGACUACUGUACGAUUAGUCAGCAGGGCGCUGCCCGUAUGAGGUGUGACGACGAAACCGAAUUUGUCACGCUGGACCGCUGGGAACAAGAAUAUCACUAUUUCCAGAAACUCAUCAAGAUCCGAACAUUUGCACUGUUCAGGAAGUGGAAAGCGUUUAAUGUGUGGCGUAAAAACGUGAGAACCAAACGACUACAAGCCUGCACUAAAUCACUAAACGAGAACCUCUUCAUUGUCAACCCGUCGUUGCGGCCAGCGCUGCUGAACGUACGUGAGAUGUGUCAUCGUAUCAGUGAUAUGGGUCUCUGUAAGGUGGAGAAAGGCAACACUUACACACUCACUGACUUUAAGGACGCUCAGUUCAAACAGCUUGAGGAGGUUGCAGGCCGUCUGACUGAGUUCCGUGAGCUUGUGAAGGAGGUCGUACGCAGCGCAUGUAGAACAGCUCUGCUGGAAGCUGGUUUCACACCAGACGAUUACUUCUAUGAUGGGGCAGAGAGUCCUGGGCUCAUGGGUGAUGCUGCUCCUGGGACAUCCUCCAGCUAUCUCAUGCCCAGUAACUAUGAUAUGGACAUAUAUGGGGAGGCUCCAGACAGGAUGACCUACACAGAACAGGCCAACAAGCGCUCCCAUUGUAAACAGCUCACAAACUUUAUCCGUUUGGCUGAUUACCUCAUUGUAAACACCAUGCAUGUUCUGGCUGUAAACUCGGUGUCCACACUGUUGAACUACCUCACUGAACAGUUGUCGUCCACGCCAACCAUCGCUCAGAUCCAGGCAUAUGCUGAUGAGGCUAAGGAGGAAGCUGACAAGCUGAUCGAGGAUGCAGAUGCUGAGAAGUCUAAAAAGGAUGAGAAAGAAAAAGUGAAAGAAGUUCAAAGUUCAGAAACAAUGGCUACGGAUGAAGAUGAAGUUCCACAGGCCCCGCCCCUGUUUAUCUCCGAGUUUGUCCUGGAGCCGAACCAGCUCCUGUUCCAGCCGGACCUGGAGGACUUCCAGGAAGGAUUGAAGGAUGUGAUCCAGAAGUUCCAGGAUGCUGUCCUGUCCGUACAAAACCUUGUCCCGGAUACCUACUUCGACGCCUUCACAAGGCCGAUUAUCAACAAUAAGUUUGAGGAGAAGACAUGUGGAGAUGGUCCGAGUCUUACCACCAUGUUUGAGGACGACAAACAUCUGAACACCAUCAUCGAUAACAUCAAGGAAGCUACGGCUGCUGCCUUCAAUGCGGCAUCACAGUAUGCCGACACCUUCGAGCCUCAUCGUGAAUUCUUCCGUGAGAAUGAGAGCAUGGACCUGGAGGCAGUUAAAACACAGGAGCAUGAUGUUGCAUUCUUCACUGAGGCUUUGGAGCGUUACAAUGGUCAGCACCGCAUGGCGCAAGUAAUCAAGGAGAAACGACCAAUCGGAAUGCUGCUGGUGGAUGGCACGAAGAUGAAAAAUCUGCUUAUACCUUCACCAUUACGCUGUCUUGACGUGGUAAACGAUCUACUACCAGUCAAGGCCCACCUUGAGGUGAAUCGUCUGAUAGCUGAGCUGCAGGACGCCCAAUUCAAGUUGGAAUUUGCGCCCACCACAACUAUGGAGUUUGUGAAGACGCUGACGUUCCUGGACGAUAUACAAGUCAGGAUCGACCCAGCCGAGAAAGAGGCAAUGGUUGUAAAGGAUAUGUACGAGUUGAUAGAACUGUACAACGUUCCAACUCCGCCAGAGGACUUCGCUGUUUACCAGACGCUGAGCCCAAGUAUCACUAAUGUACGGAAUGCCAUUGACAAAAGCCUCACUGAACGAGAUGCCAACAUUGACAAGUUCUGUACCCACCUUGACAAAGAUAUCGCAGAACUCGCAAAGGAGGUCAAGGAGGUCAAGCAAGAGGCUCAGAACCCAAUGAUUCUAGACGUGAACUCAGAAAAGGACAAAGUUCGAAAUAUCUUGUCCCGGUUAUUGACCCAGAUGGAUGACCUUCAGAAACGUGCUUUCACCUACAAAUCUUAUCAAAAGAACUUUAAAGUGGAAGUUACAAAGUUUGACGCGCUUGAGGAAGCGCAUGCUGAACUCAAACUGAAGGAACUGCUGUGGACGGCCAUUGAUGACUGGGAUAAGCUGCUCCUGGACUGGACAACCGUUCCGUUCGAGACGUUGGAUCCGGAAGCCAUGAAUGCCACAACUAUGAAGUACGCCAAGUCUGUGAUGCAGCUUGAGAAAGGUCUUCCACCCAACCAAGUCGUACCAGUCCUGAAGGAAAAAGUGGAAGAAAUGAGGGAAAGGCUGCCUGUCAUUACGGACCUCAGAAACCCGACCCUGAAGCCUCGCCAUUGGGAAAUGAUUGAGAACGUUCUCGACUACAAAUUCACACCAGAAGACCCUCUCACAUUCGGAAAACUUACCGACAUACAGGCAUUCAAGAGUGCCGAGGCCCUCCAAGAGGUUUCUGGCAAGGCUAGUUCGGAAGCCAGUCUCGAAAGCAUCCUCAAAAAGGUUGAGGAUUCAUGGAAGACAACAGAAUUUAUGGUCCUGUUCCAUAAAGAUAGCAAGGACGUUUUCAUCCUUGGUGGUACAGACGAAAUCCAACAACUCCUUGACGACAGCAACAUCAACAUAGCAACCAUUGCAAGCUCUCGUCAUGUUGGACCAAUCAAAUCUCGUGUUGAAGACUGGGUCAAACAGCUUGACCUCUUCGGCAAAACUUUGGAUGAGUGGCUGAACUGUCAGAGGUCGUGGCUGUAUUUGGAGUCGAUCUUCAGUGCUCCCGACAUACAGCGGCAGCUACCUGCAGAGGCCAAGAUGUUUAUGCAGGUGGACAAGUCCUACAAGGACAUCAUGAGGAAGGUUAACAAGGUGCCUCUAGCUAUCCGUGCAGCUACACAGCCUGGACUUUUGGAAACAUUCCAAAACAAUAACGCCCUCCUCGACCAGAUUCAGAAGUGUCUUGAGGCCUAUCUCGAGUCCAAACGGGCCAUCUUCCCAAGGUUUUAUUUCCUGUCUAACGACGAGUUGCUGGAGAUUCUCGCCCAGACGAGGAAUCCACUUGCUGUACAACCCCAUCUUCGGAAGUGCUUUGACGCCAUCGCUAAACUUGAAUUUGGCAUCCAAUCAGAACAGAGCGACGACCAGGAAGUACAAUACAGUAAUGAUAUUCUGGCUAUGGUGUCGCCGGAGAGUGAGAAAGUCAGUCUUGGCAGGGGGCUAAAGGCCAGAGGAAAUGUAGAAGACUGGCUUGGUAAGGUGGAGGAAGCCAUGUUUUCAAACCUUCGCCGACUCACCAAAUCGGCUAUAGGCGACUUUGAGAAGCGCCCUCGUAAGGAAUGGGUUGUCUCCCAUGCUUCUCAGAUUGUGUUAGCUGUGUCCCAGAUUGUCUGGUGUCGAGAUGUGACGGAGAUUUUAGAAAGUGAAACCUUCGAUCGUGUGGAAGGAAUGAAAGACUUUGAACAGAAGAACUUCAGAGAUCUGAACGAGUUGGCUAGUGUUGUUCGUCAGGAGAUUCCUAAACUGGCUCGUGCUAAUCUGUGUGCCCUGAUCACCAUUGAUGUACACGGCAGGGACAUGAUCACUGAAAUGUGUCAGAACAAGGUGGAUGAUGUCGGCAGUUUUGAGUGGCAGAAACAGUUACGUUACUACUGGGAUCUCGAGAUUGACAACUGUGCGAUUCGUAUGUCGAACUCUCUAUAUGUGUGUGGUUACGAGUACCUCGGAGCAUCGGCCCGUCUUGUCAUCACCCCUCUCACUGAUCGAUGCUAUCUGUGUCUCAUGGGAGCUUUACAACUUGACCUGGGAGGGGCUCCAGCUGGCCCCGCCGGGACAGGCAAAACCGAGACAACUAAAGAUCUCGCUAAAGCCCUGUCUAAACAGUGUGUUGUCUUCAACUGCUCCGACGGCCUCGACUACAAGAUGAUGGGUCGCUUCUUCUCUGGGCUGGCACAGUCUGGUGCCUGGUGCUGCUUUGACGAGUUUAAUCGUAUUGACAUUGAAGUUUUGUCUGUGAUUGCCCAGCAACUGAUCACAAUCAGAAAUGCAAAGGCCGCCAAGGUGUCAAGAUUCAUGUUUGAGGGCCGUGAGAUCAAGCUCAUCUCAACUUGUGCUGCUUUCAUCACAAUGAACCCCGGAUAUGCUGGUCGUACAGAAUUGCCAGAUAAUUUAAAGGCACUAUUCCGACCCUUCGCUAUGAUGGUGCCAGACUAUCGUCUGAUUGCGGAAGUGAUCCUGUACUCCGAGGGUUUCGAGUCCUCCAAGAAUUUGGCCCAGAAGAUGACACAGAUGUACAAGUUAUGUAGUGAACAGCUCUCUCAGCAGGAUCAUUACGACUUCGGUAUGCGUGCUGUCAAGUCCGUGCUUGUCAUGGCGGGAGCUCUGAAGAGACAGAACCCGGACAAGAGUGAGGAUGUUGUACUGAUCCGAGCUCUCCGGGACAGUAACCUGCCGAAGUUCCUUCAACAGGACGCUCUCCUGUUCCAGGCUAUUCUACAAGAUCUGUUCCCCGGCGUUGAGAUUCCGGAGCACGACUACGGCCGUUUGCGUGAGGAAAUCAUCAGCGUGAUCGAGGGUAUGAACUUACAAGUUGUGGAAACGCAGAUCACCAAGAUUAUACAACUGUACGAAACAAUGGUCGUACGUCACGGUGUCAUGUUGGUCGGACCGACCGGUGGAGGAAAGACAACCGUCUACAACAUACUUGCUACUACCCUGACAAACCUUCACACAGCCAAAAUCGAUAACUACUUCUACCAGCCCGUCCACACGUACGUGAUGAACCCGAAAGCCAUCACCAUGGAGGAGCUGUACGGAGGAAUCAACAAACUCACGCUUGAGUGGGCCGAUGGCCUCAUGGCCAUUACUGUGAGGAAAUGUGUCAACGAUACUACUGAAGACCACCAGUGGGUUGUAUGCGAUGGUCCAGUCGACGCGUUAUGGAUCGAGAACAUGAAUACCGUACUGGACGAUAACAAGAUGUUGUGUCUCGCCAACAGCGAACGUAUAAAGUUCACUCCUUACAUUCACAUGUUGUUCGAGGUUCAGGACUUAGCCGUGGCCUCGCCUGCCACUGUCAGCCGUUGUGGCAUGGUUUUCAUUGAUCCCGGUGAACUAAAAUGGCUGCCGUACGUCCAGACAUGGAUUACACAGUUUUCCGAGAAGAUGAAAGCAGAGACGUCUGAAUAUUUACUAGAAUUGUUCAAGAAGUAUGUGGAAGCUGGCCUGGUCUACGUACACAAAAAGUGUACUCAGGCAAUUAAUCAGGUGGACAUCAAUAAAGUCUCCAUGCUUUGUAAACUGUUGGAAUCUCUGCUGUUCCGACGUGGCGGUCCAGAUUUCAGCUUGGACGCCAGCAAGCUGAAUAUUAUCUUGUGCACGACAUUCGUGUUCUGCUACGUCUGGUCCAUCGGAGGCAACCUUGUGGAGACAAACUGGGACGCGUUCGACUCCUUCUGUCGAAAUUUGUUUGAAGAUAACGGCGAUGCAAAGUUACCCACAGGAGGUGAUCUUUGGAGCUGUUACAUGGACUUCGAGACACGCCGCAUGGACAACUGGGAGAAGAUUGUGCCUUCCUUCAAAUAUGACAAAGAGGUGCCGUUCUUUGAGAUGUUGGUACCAACAGUGGACACCGUUCGCUUCGGCUACUUGCUACAGAAGUUACUUGCUGUGCGUUUCUCUGUCCUGUUCACAGGAGGAACUGGUGUCGGCAAGUCUGUGAUUGCCCGCGGUCUCCUCAACAACAUCGCCGAGAAGGCUGACUAUGUACCGGUGUUCAUCAAUUUCUCAGCGCAGACCAGCAGCAAACGUACCCAAGAGAUGAUUGAGGGAAAACUGGAGAAGAGGAGGAAAAAUGUCAUUGGUGCCCCUACUGGCAAGCGUGUGAUCAUCUUCAUUGAUGAUAUGAACAUGCCCAAGCUGGACACAUAUGGGUCACAGCCUCCCAUUGAACUUCUACGUCAAUAUCAAGAUUUUGGUGGAAUGUACGAUCGUCAGAAACUCAACUGGAAAGAGAUCCAGGAUGUUACUCUGGCAGCUGCAUGUGCGCCCCCUGGUGGUGGCCGUAAUCCUGUGUCACCCCGGAUGUUCCGCCAUUUUGCCAUGCUUUGUAUUCCAUCGCCUUCCGAGCACAGUCUGAAGCACAUGUUUAUGCAAAUUCUAAACGGGUUCCUGAUGGACUUCCCGACCUCUGUACGUCAGUGUACAGAAUCCAUCGUCACCGCCGCCGUGGAAAUCUACGGGAGAAUGUACACCGAUCUCCUCCCAACGCCGGCCAAAUCUCACUAUGUCUUCAAUCUGCGAGAUCUCUCUAAGUGUGUACAAGGUAUACUCCAGGCUGAUACUGGUGUAAUAAGAGACAAUAAACAGAUGUUCCGCCUGUUCUGUCACGAGGCGAUGCGUGUGUUCCAUGACCGUCUUAUCAAUAACGAAGACAAACAGUACUUCUACACGAUUCUGGCCGAGAUGGCAAGCAAACACUUUGGAGAAAAUGUUGAGCCAGAUUCCUUUUCCACCAAUCCAAUCCUGUUUGGUGACUACAUAAAGAUGGGUGCCGAUCCUGCAGACCGUCUGUAUGAGGAACUUGAAUUGAAGAAAGUCAAAAAUGUUCUGCAAGAUUACCUCGAUGAUUUCAACAUGCAAUCUUCCAAAGAAAUGAAGCUGGUAUUUUUCAUGGACGCCAUUGAGCAUGUGUCACGUAUUACCAGAAUGAUUCGUCAGGAACGAGGAAACGCACUUCUAGUCGGCGUCGGUGGAACGGGAAAACAAUCCCUUACAAGACUUGCUGCUCAUAUCUGCGGAUAUAGGAAUUUCCAGAUAGAGUUAAGUCGAGGCUACGACUAUAACGCGUUCCACGAUGAUUUGAAGAAGCUGUACCAGUCGGCAGGAGUGAAGAACGAACACACUGUCUUCUUAUUUACAGACACACAGAUUGUAGUUGAAGAGUUCCUUGAGGAUAUUAACAACAUCCUGAACUCUGGUGAGGUGCCAAACUUGUUCGAGCCCGAUGAAUACGAGCAGCUUAUCAUUGGAUGUCGCGCAGGGGCCAAGGAAGCAGGAAUCCCCGAGGGCAACAGAGAUGCUAUUUAUGAGUUCUGUAUUAACAGAGUCAGGAAUAAUUUGCACAUUGUGUUGUGUAUGAGUCCAGUGGGGAACGCAUUCCGUACAAGAUGUCGAAUGUUUCCGUCCCUUGUAAACUGCUGUACUAUCGACUGGUUCACGGAAUGGCCACGUGAGGCUCUGCUUGGUGUCUCACGGUCCUUCUUUGAAAAUGUUGACCUAGGAAAAGAUGAACUCAGAACGGCCAUCGCGGAGAUGUGUGUGGAGAUCCACACAAGUGUAAGCAGUAUGGCAGAAACAUUUUACGGGGAGCUGAAACGCCGCUAUUACACGACGCCCACCAGUUACCUAGAGCUGAUCAACCUUUACCUUAGCAUGUUGGGCGAGAAAACAAAGUCACUGAAGAAUGCUCGGGAUCGCGUCCAGAACGGUUUAAUCAAACUUCUUGAGACAAACGAUUUGGUGGACAACAUGAAGAAAGAGUUGGUGGCACUGGAGCCGGAGCUGAAGAAGAAGUCACAGGACACUAACGAAUUGAUGGAACGUCUUGUGGUGGACCAGGAGUCCGCUGACAAGGUUCGUAAGGUCGUCAUGGAAGAUGAGGCCACAGCAAAGGCUAAAGCAGAGGAGACACAGGCCAUCGCAGACGACGCCCAGAGAGACCUCGACCAAGCUCUCCCUGCUCUUGAGGCAGCUGUUAAGGCACUUGAUUCCCUCGACAAGAAUGAUAUUUCUGAGAUCCGUGUAUUCUCAAAGCCCCCAGAGUUGGUGCAAACUGUUAUGGAGGCUGUCUGUAUUCUGAUGGGAUCCAAGACAGACUGGGCUUCAGCCAAAUCAGUGUUGGGUGACUCGAACUUCCUCAAAAACAUGCUGAAUUAUGACAAAGACAGCAUUUCAGAGACAACACUGAAGAAACUAAAGAAAUAUGUAGACAAUCCAAAGUUUAUCCCUGAGACCGUGGAGAAGGUGUCCAAGGCUUGUAAGUCGAUGUGUAUGUGGGUGCUGGCCAUGGACUCUUACUCGCAUGUAUUUAAAACCGUGGAGCCAAAGAGGCAAAAGUUGGCUGCCGCUGAAUCAGAACUCGAGACCGUCAUGUCCCUGUUGAAGGAAAAACAGGACCAAUUGGCGGCUGUUGAAGCAAAGAUUGCAGAGCUUCAGAAAACAUACGAUGAAAGUGUUUCAGAAAAACAGAAGUUGGAACGCAACAUUGCCCAGACAGCAUCUCGUCUGAAGCGUGCCGCUAAGUUGACGACAGCUUUAGGUGACGAACAGAUCCGAUGGGAUGAAACAGUCAAGGAAUUUAACAAGCAGAUCGGUAACGUUGUUGGUGAUGUAUUUGUGUCCGCGGCCUGUGUGGCGUACUAUGGAGCGUUUACGGCAAAAUAUCGUCACGAACUGGUGACAGGAUGGACGGAGCGUUGCCAGGAAAUGGAAAUCCCUGUCACUCAUGGAAUGACAAUCAUCUCCGUACUUGCGGACCCCUUUGAGAUUCGGCAGUGGAAUAUGGAUGGUCUGCCAAAGGAUCAACUGUCCACGGAGAACGCCAUCUUGGUGACACGGGGCCGGCGCUGGCCCCUUAUGAUAGACCCGCAGGAACAGGCUAACCGCUGGAUAAGGAACAAGGAAGCUAAGAAUGGCCUAAAGUUUAUCAAGCUCACUGACAGUAAUUUCCUACGGACCCUGGAAAACUGUAUCCGAAUCGGAAUGCCAGUGUUGUGUGAGGACCUCGGAGAAUCUCUGGACCCUGCCCUAGAACCAGUCCUCCUCAAACAGACAUUUAUGUCGGGUGGCCGUCUGCUGAUCCGUCUUGGAGACAGUGACAUCGACUACGAUCGUAACUUCCGUUUCUUCAUGACAUCCAAGAUGACCAACCCUCAUUACCUCCCGGAAGUCUGUAUUAAAGUAACCAUUAUCAACUUCACCGUGACCAAGCAGGGGUUGGAGGACCAGCUGUUGGGUGAUGUGGUCGGCCUGGAGAGACCGGAUCUGGAGGAACAGAGGAAUCAACUGAUCAUGAAGAUUAACGCCGACAAAAACCAGUUAAAGGCCAUCGAGGACAGGAUUCUUAAGCUUUUGUUUGAAUCAGAAGGCAACAUUCUGGACAACGAGGAGCUCAUUAACACUCUAAAUGAGUCUAAGGUGACCUCAGGUGUGAUCAAGCAGCGCCUUGCUGAGGCUGAGGUUACGGAGGAGAAGAUUAACACAGCUCGUGAGAAAUACAUCCCAGUGGCCGCUCGUGGAUCUGUCAUGUACUUUGUCGUGGCUGACAUGGGGGAGGUGGACCCUAUGUACCAGUUCUCACUGAAAUACUUCAAACAGCUCUUUAACACAACUAUCUCAACGAGUGAGAAGAACCCAGACCUACAGAAGCGAUUAAAAAUCUGUCUGGCUGAAACAACAAGCGCCAUCUACAAAAACGUGGCCAGGGCACUGUUUGAGAAAGACAAACUCGUAUUCUCUUUUAUGUUGUGUGUCGAGAUAAUGAAACAAGAGAAUAACAUAUCUAUGCCUGAAUGGAACUUCUUCCUGCGAGGAGCCACUGGUAUGGACCGCCAACGAGCUCCGAAACCUGAGGUGAACUUCAUCAAGAAACUGACAUGGAACCAGGCAUGCGAUAUCAACGACACCCUGCCUAUAUUUAGGGGUGUACAUACUGAUCUUCUGAAAACACCUGUCUGGGUCAAACUCGGAGAAACUGAGAUCCACGCAAACCCUGACGAAUAUGAAACAUAUGAGCCCCUCCCCCCAGAGCCAGAACCGUUGAAGGAAGGUCAGGAACAGGAGAUCGAGGUCGAUGAUGGCACGAUUAAAGGUCACUGGAAUCUACGUCUUACAAGUUUCCAGAAACUCAUGUUCAUAAAAGUGUUUCAGGAAGAGAAGACAAUUUUUGCGGUGACUGACUUUGUUCGUGAGAACCUUGGACAACAGUUUGUGGAGAGUCCUCCCGUCAGUUUACAGACCCUUUAUGAUGAUAUGAACAAAAUUACGCCUCUUGUAUUCGUACUGAGCACAGGUUCCGACCCAAUGGGAGCUUUCCUGAGGUUUGCUCGGGACAAAGGCUACUCAGACAAGAUCCAGUCGAUCUCCCUCGGACAGGGACAGGGACCCGUGGCAGAAAAACUCAUCUCCAGUGCAGUUAAAACAGGCGACUGGGUCAUUUUACAGAACUGUCACUUGGCUGCCUCCUGGAUGUUGUCGAUGGAGAACGUCGUAAAACAGAUGGGAGAAGCCCCACAAGACAUCCAUGAGGAUUUCCGUCUUUUCCUCAGCUCAAUGCCUUCCAAGGCAUUCCCCGUCAGUGUCCUUCAAAACAGUGUCAAGGUCACCAACGAACCUCCCAAGGGCCUACGUGCAAAUAUGAGGCGUGCGUUUGGCGAGAUGACGCCUACAUUCUUUGAGGAAAAUGUACUGGGUGUCAAAUGGAAGAGAAUGAUAUUUGGACUCUGCUUCUUCCACGCCAUUAUUCUUGAGAGGAAGAAGUUCGGUCCACUCGGCUGGAAUAUCAGGUACGAGUUUAGCGACAGUGAUCGGGAAUGCGCUCUACUCAACCUUCAGAUGUUCUGUAAGGACGGGACGAUUCCAUGGGACGCCCUGAUCUACAUUUCAAGGGAGAUCACUUACGGAGGACGUGUCACUGAUGUCCAGGAUAAGAGAUGCCUUGGUACCAUACUCAAAACAUUCUUCUACCCAGAGACGCUUGAUCCAGAUUACAAGUACUCGCCCUCUGGUAUAUACUACGCCCCCGAUCUGGAGGAGCUCCAUCAGUACAGAGACUACAUUGAGUCUUUACCACAAAUUGAGGAACCGGAAAUAUUCGGCAUGCACGAAAACGCCAACAUAGCGUUCCAGAACCAAGAGACCACCUCCCUAGUUACGACUAUACUUGAUGUACAACCGCGUAUGUCUUCCGGCGGUACCGGUAAGUCAAAUGACGAAAUCGUCUACGAGCUGGCCGAGAGUAUUCUGGAGAAAGUGACGGAUAAACUGGACAUCGACGAGGCUAACCAGGAGAUGUUUGCGCUGGACGCUAAGGGUCGUCUCAACUCCUUGACCACUGUGCUCACACAGGAGGUUGACCGCUUCAAUAACCUUCUGGGAGUCAUCAAGAACUCUCUGCUGACACUGCAGAAAGCCAUCAAAGGGAUGGUGGUGAUGAGUGAGGCCCUAGAAGGGGUCUACAACGCAUUCCUCAACAAACAGGUGCCAACUAUGUGGGCCAACGCAGCCUACCCCUCCCUCAAGCCCCUCGGCUCCUGGGUGGAGGAUUUGACCUACCGUACAGCGUUUAUUGACAAUUGGAUCAGACACGGACUUCCCAAGUCUUUCUGGAUGUCUGGGUUCUUCUUCCCACAAGGUUUCCUCACUGGGUCACUACAGAAUUACGCUCGUAAAUACAACCUUCCCAUCGAUCACCUGUCAUUCCACUUCCAUCCGAUGAAGCUUUUCCGGGACCAGAAGGAAGUAACAAAACAGAUGGCAGAGCUUAAAUUUGGAGAGGAGAUUGAGCUUGACAAAGAGAUUGUACUACCUGAUGAUGGUGUACUCGUACACGGGAUGUUCAUGGACGGAUGUCGCUGGGACACUGAAGACAUGGUGGUUGUUGACUCCAUCCCUGGCAUUAUGAACGGCGUUCUUCCUGUUAUUCACAUGGAGCCUAAGAUGGACUUCUCUCCUGACCCGGAGGAUUAUCGAGCUCCACUCUACAAAACAUCAGCUCGUGCAGGUGUUCUCUCCACCACAGGUCAUUCUACAAACUUUGUUGUGAUGACACAUCUACCGUCCAAGUUCUCCAACGACUACUGGAUCGCCAAGGGCGCCGCCCUGUUGUGCCAGCUUAAUGAAUAACAAGGGACAUAACUCUGUCAUAGAGAACUGGCUCAUCAAAAAUCAUCAUGUUGUGAAAAAAAAAAACAUUUUCUGACCCGCUUAAUGGGGAAAUUUAAUGUGCUAUUUGUGGUAAAUGGUAUUUGCUACAAUUUGUGUAAAAACUUUUUUCAUGGAGUAAAAUUAUUUUUGUAUUAAACAUUUGAAAGAAGUUUAAUAAUAUGAAGGACUUUGAAAUGUCUAUGUAUAUGGUACAUUCCGUUUGUAAAUAAAAGCAAUUGUUUCAUGUGUAAAUAAAAUAUAAUGUUAUUCACUCAUUAGUAACUCUGUUAGCUUGAAGACAUUUAGAAAAUCUUAAGACAUAUUUGGAAAAUCUUAGAACAUAUUUAGAAAAUCUAAGACACAUUUAGAAAAUCCUAAAAGAAAAUCUUAAGACAUAUUUGGAAAAUCUUCAGACAUAUUUAGAAAAUCUUAUGCCAAAUUAAGAAAAUCUUAAGACAUAUUUGAAAAAUCAGAAAUGUUAAAAUGAAAAAAAUACAAAAAAAACCCUAAAUAUUUUUCUAAUGGAAUAAUUCAACAACAAAAACUUCAGUCUAUAAAAAAACAAUGAAAGAUUACAGGAAUACAAAUAUUUUUGUAAAAGUCACUAAACAUUAGAUUUGGAAACUUCAGGUAUUUUUUCAAAGCUGACUGUCCUGAGAACAGAUCUCUGAGUGUCCUGUGCCUGUUUUUCUUUAGUGUCUUAAAUUGCUAUCAUCUUCAAAAUGUGCCUUGUUUAAAUCAUACAUGUAGCUGAAAACAUUCGUUUAUUUUCUAAAUCCUAUAUAUUUAUUUGCCUUAUAUUAUUAUUUUUUCCACGAUUCAUUUUACAUUUGUUUUAAGAUGUAUUUUUUCCCUGUUGAUUCCGUCCGUUUGACUGUGAUAUAAACUCUGAAUCAAUAUCAGGGUUCAGCCUUUAACUAAAUCUAAUUUAUUAAUAUCUGUGUCCAAGACUGCACACAGUUAUGAGUGAUAAUUAAAUGACUAUGUGAUACAGUUUGUACAGUGUUAUAGUAUAUAAAAGAUUUACACUGAUGUACUUUUUGUUGAUAUCCUUAAAUUAUGUGUCUAGUUUGAGGUAUAUUAUAUAAUUAUAAUAUUUAUAUAAUAUUCAAAAAUAAAUUUACAAAAGUAGUGAUAGGUUUAGAUGGGGUCACAUGGAUGUCCUGUGACACAGUGAGAUCACAUGAUGUGUCAUGUGACAUGAUGGGAUCACAUGUCUGUCAUGUGAACUGUGAUAAGAAACAGCCUUCACACAACUUACUUUAUCUGUGUUAAGUUUUUGUUGUGUGCUCAUCACAAUUAAAAAUGAACAAUUAAGAAUU